AUGGCGCCUCAAGCGGCGCUCUCGUCGCGCCAGCGGGCGGUUGCCGUCUGCGGCGUCGUCUACGUGCUGCUGUCGCUCGUCGGUUGCGUGUGGUACCUCAGUCUUCUUGGCCCGAGCUUCGCCAACGACCUCUGGUGGGCUCACUACAACAUCUCGGGCCACCAAGCCUACCUCGUUGACCUUGUCAACCAGCUUCUUUUGACGCAUAACAAUGGCACCUUGGAUUCGUUCGCCGCCGCCGCAGUGCUGCCCAAGACGUACGUCGCGUCCGAGUCGAGCACGCUCGUCUACUCGUCCGACAUUCGAGCGUUCACGCUCGGUCGCCUCACGUCGCUCGAGUAUGCAGUGCCACAGCUUCGCGAUUUGGGCGCCUACUGGGCGCUGCGCAUGAACACACAGCACUGCUGGAUGGACUUUAACAAAACGUUCCAAGUCGCCCACACGCUUGGCCGCCAGCGCCGCUGCGAGCGCUUCUACGCGACCAAUGGUGCCGUCUACAUCGAGGCCCUGCUGCGCAACCAAAACAUCCCCGACUUUCUCGCGCUCUGGGGGGUCCACGGCCAGCGCUUCAACGUCGCGUACUACCGAGGGCUUGUCGAGACAGCGCGCGGGCAAGCGUUCUGGGCGCAGGUGACCAGCGUCACGACGUCCGUGACCGACGAGAUCGCGUACUGGAGGUCGUUCAACGUCUCCCACUUUGCGCUGCAGUGGCAGAACCGGUGGGGACCCGCGAUCACCGAGACGAUCGUGAUGGAAAACGCUUUGGGGAUGCAAAAGCAGAUCAUCCUCAAGGCGCUGGAUCAAGUCACGGGACCGUGGUCGUCCCAAACCAUGCACUGGAUCCCGAUCCAAGAUACCUUCAACGCGCAGGCCAUGAACCGCAGCUUUCUGCAAGGGACGAGCCGGUACUUUGGCGCCAACAACUCGGCGCUCGGCUUGAGCGCCAUCAGCCUCGAGGUGUACCGAGGCAUCGCCGACGCCCAAGGCAACCUCGAAGGCGUCGCUAAAGUCUUUCACGACACGAUUGGACCGUACUUGAGCAUUGACUUGCUGGUCAUGGACCACGUGCGAGGCUCGGAAGCAGCCAUGACAGCGUUUUUCGCCCUCCCAGAGACCACCACGUUUUUGCCCACACCGCUGGCGUGGACCAACAUGUCGUUCUUCGGCGGCAACCCCAUGUGCUCGUCCGGUGUUCCGACCUCGUUCGUGCAGCAGUCGUUUGAUUUUUACGAUACCUGCGCGCAGCUCGCACCACUCUCACUGCGUCUCACGCGACUCUCAAUGCUAUUUGGACUGCUAUUCACGCCACGAACAACCCUACUAGUACCAGAUAUUUGCGCCACGUCAUCGACACCCGACUGGUGUGCCUUGUCGCCGGCGUCGUCGCUGCUUGCGUCAGUGCCCAUCCCUUCCGAGCUGCUACAGCUGCAGCGCGACGCUUUGGACGCUGUCCGAGCUAUGAACGUCGGGCUCGUUCAGUUUGUCGCUAAUAACUCGAGCCGUAUUGCGCUGGACCAUGUGCCGCUGGUCGACUGGCCAUUCUUUGGCCAUCACAUCCUGUUCGAGUGGGCCGCUGGACUCCGUGAAGUGCUCUUCAUCGAGGGUGACGUCGGCGCCGUCACUGUCGUCUCCAACGCAUACGCGGGUCAGCCGUACAUUACGAGCAACGCAUCCUUCGAGACGGCGACGACGGCACUUUUGUACCUUGUGCAAGUCACGACAGGCCUCCUCCUCUUUGUGGGCGUGCUCACAAUGGUGUACGUCACCCUCUUUGCCCGCGGCCGUGUCCUCGGCCUCAACCUCUUUCGGUUCAACCGGUUGGUUGGCGCCGUCUGGAUCGGCCGACCGCUGGUCGUUCUCCGUGGUAUCAGCGCGCUUUUGCUCCUUAGCUCGGCCCAAGUGAGCUUGCAAGUGACGCCAUUGGGCACGACCUUGGCGCCACAUCCCCGCUCCAUCGGCAACGCGAUGGUCAUCGCCGGUGAAGCCACGUGGCUCACGUACGUCAUCAACGAGGUGCUUAUCGUGCUGUUACCAAGAGACGUCACGACCCAGUACAGUCCAAAGAGCACCUGUCUUGUCUGGCUGAGCCUGUUGGCUCUGGAUAUGGCGUCGCCCGUGCCGCUCACCAUCACGCUGGACCGACGAUGUGUCGGCAAUGACAUGGACUAUGGUCUUCUUUGCACGAGCGGUGUCAUCUCAGUCGGCAGCUACACCCGACUGCUGACGCUACUCAGUAUCCACGUCAGUGUCGUCAUCGUCACGGUCGUCGCGAGCCUACUGUGGCGUCGGCGACAGCCAGCGGACGUCGACACGGAGCCGAGUUUGCACUUUUCCAGUGCGACAGCCCUGUUUGCGAUGCCAAUGGCGUCAGACCCAGACGGCGCCACGUUUGAUCUCGUGACGUGCGUCCUCUGCGGCUUGGUGCCAGUGUGGUUCCGGUCCGAGUCGUAUGUUUUCAACCUGAAGCUCUGGCACUUUGUGGCCGACGGCACCCAGAAAGCGCGCCAUCUCAAGGUCUUUCGUCCGCCGACCAUCAACGCCUAUACCAUGAUCCAAGUGGCGGGGCCGCGAAAAGAAGAGAUCGGGGCAAAGGUCGAGAAAUCCUCAAGGAUUAUUUGGAUGACCAAGCAACGCUCCAAUCGGCUGGUGGCGUUCUUGGCCUUGGGCCAUACCGUAUUUGCAGUCGUAAGCAGCGUUUCGUACUUUCAAGUCUCGCAGGUCCACCUCGCCAACGACUACUACUGGGCCAACUUUAACGUCACGGGCGCCCACGCGUUUUUCGCCAACUGGCUCAACGAACAGCUCGUGCUCGGUCUCUCGACAACGGCUCUGGAGCUUGACGCACCCAGUAUUACGCUACCGGGAGCUUUUGCAGCCCCCAGCGCCGCGGUUAGCGCCCCCAACAACUACGGUGCGAUGCUGCAGCAUACCCAGCUCACGACUAUCGAAGUUGCCAUUGCCGGCCUCCGGGCCUCGGACGCCUGCAUGGCCCCCUGGAUCUUCUCGCCCUACUGCUUUCUCGAUUUUGAUCGGACGUUCGAGGUCGCCUAUUCAGCAGCGCGCCAAGCUCGCUGCCACGCCAGCAUGAGAGCCAACGGCGCCGUCUACCUCGAGUCUCUCUUGCGCAAUAUCGACUUCCGCGACUGGACGGCAUGCUGGGGCAGUGCGUUUGAAACCGCGUUCGCUCGGGACCUGCGCGGGUCCGUGGCCGGCCAGAAAUGGCUCGAUAUGGUAUCGGCGAGUCCAUUGCCCAUGGCGAUUGAAGUCGCCUACUGGCGCCAACACGGAGUCGAGCGCUACGACACGCAGUGGCAGAACUACAAGCGGAUCGGCGUCAUGAACAGCUACUCGAUCACGAAUGCCUACGGCGCAUCGCAUCCACUUACUCUUAUGCAGCUCAAUGGCGCCUUCCGCGUCGACAGCCAGACAACGUACAAGAUGUACUGGUCCCUCGCCAACGACUUAAGUGCGAUCAUGCGCAAUAGCAGUGGCAUUGGAGGGCGCAGUCUCUUGCGGAGCAGCAGUCACUUUGCUUUUCUCAAUACGACGCUCCAAGCCGUGUUGAUAGCGAACGGGACGCUCACGUCGCCGCUCCAAAACGGACUGGAGGUCGUCUCGCAGCGGCUGGGGCCGUUUGGGACCGUCGACAUGAUCUACAUGCGUGUGCCGCCGCUGGUUGUCAACGUCACCCAUCAGAUCUUAGAGCUCAUGCGACUGGGCAUGGACCACGGCAACGUUGCUGCACAAGCUGCCUUCUCUGCUAUGAUGCCCUCCGGAUCUUGUUUUCCCGUGCCCAUGAAAUGGUUGGCUCCAAAGAUCGCUUCGUACGGCGGCUCGCUGCUCUGCCCCGAGUUCUCUGCGCCGAAAUCGGUCACGAGUGGCUUCUCUAGCAUGCUGGCGUUCGAUCUCUCGUGCAUUGCUGCCUCUCCGGUUGUGAGCCGGUCGAUCCUGACGUCCCAGAGCUUCAUCGCGUCUGCGAUCCUCUCGGGGCUCAGUGCGGCGACGCCUCCCGUCAACAUGUCGCAGGUCUGCGCAUACGACCCGACAAGCUUGACGUCGUGCCUCCUCACGCUCCAGCAGUCCCUCGAGUUUAUACAAACAUACAUGCCAGCGACGCACACGCUCCCAGUUCCGUCCACGCACGCGCUCGUUCAGGCACUCGACAUUGAGUUUAUGCUUUACGCCAAGGUCAACGGAUCGCUGCAGCUGCUCCACACCAACGUUCUGGACCCAGCCGACCCUGGCUUUUACUUUUACGGCUGGACGUACCUCUACGACUGGGUGCUCGGUCGGCGCGAAGUCAUCUCGUUCCAAGGCGAUGCAAGUCGUCUCAACCUCUUGAGCGACUACCAGCUUCCGCUUGCGCAGCAAGUCCAGGCUUCGAACCUCGCCGCCAACCUUGUUUUGUACUUUCGAGCUGGCGUUCAAUACGUCACGGUCAUGAUGCUUCUCGUCUCGGCCGUCGCCGUUGGCUACAUGCUCCGGUCGCCCACGUGCUUUCAUGGCAGCAACCUCUUCAAGCUCAAUCGCGUCGGCGGUCUUGUCUGGGUCGGUCGACCACUGCUUUUUCUCCGGAGUGCCACGGCCAUCUGCCUUCUCUGCACGAGCGGCGUCGACCUGCACUUCUCGGGCUACCUCAGCUACUUCCAGGUCGAGCCCGCGCCGUGGUACAAGGUGCUCCUCGCGGCGUGGGAGGUCUCGUGGCUCGUCGCGGUCGUCGACGACAUCUUGCUUGUCGCGACGCAAGAGUACGCUUCGUACUUUGUCUUCCCCAACCUACUGGUGGUGUGCGUCGUGGUUGCGAUGCUCUCGGGUGUGUCGCCCGUUGCCGUCGCGCUGCACGUAGCACCAAAGUGCGUCUAUGCGGAAAUGGACUUUAACGUCGUCUGCGAGAGCGCCAACAUUGCCAUUGGCGACCCAAACCGCUUUGGGACGCUCCUCCUCAUUAUGGGCACGUGCCAUAUCGUGAGCUAUUUGCUUGCCAAGCGGAUGGUAGGACCCAAGCCGACGAGCCCCGUGCACUCGCUUUUGCUCUCGCUUGGCGCGCGGUAUCAUUUUAACCACUCGGCUCGCAUCGUGCAUGGCGUCUACUACCUGGACCGGGCCUCUGCCGCGCUCAACGGCAUUCUCACGUACAAGCUCGGGUCGACCAUGUUUGCCUUUGACAUCAAGCUCUGGCGCUUCUUCGCGGCGCCGAUACGCAACGCCGUCGACGUCCCGGGGCUCGACCAAGCCACGCUAAAUGCGUCGUUUCCGCUUGUCGAGUAG